UCCGGGGUGGAGAGCGCACGCGGCGGUGACGACAGUGGCGGAGAAGACCCGGAGAGGCUCUGCGUUGUGGAGUGGCGCUCUUUGGGCUGGUGACGGACUGCAGGCUGCUGGCGCCGCGGCUGAGGAGAACGGCGAGUGGGUUCGGCAUUUCCCGUUGGGGUCUCCGCAACGAUGAGUGCUGCCAGAGAGUCCCAUCCGCACGGGGUGAAGCGAUCAGCCUCCCCAGACGACGAUCUUGGAUCUAGCAAUUGGGAGGCAGCAGACUUAGGUAAUGAAGAAAGAAAACAAAAGUUCUUGAGACUUAUGGGUGCAGGAAAGAAAGAACAUACUGGUCGUCUUGUUAUAGGAGAUCACAAAUCCACAUCUCACUUCCGAACAGGGGAAGAAGACAAGAAAAUUAACGAAGAACUGGAGUCUCAAUAUCAACAAAGCAUGGACAGUAAAUUAUCAGGAAGAUACCGACGACAUUGUGGACUUGGCUUCAGUGAGGUAGAUGAUCAUGAUGGAGAAGGUGAUGUGGCUGGAGAUGAUGAUGAUGAUGAUGAUUCACCUGAUCCUGAAAGUCCAGAUGACUCUGAAAGUGAUUCAGAGUCAGAGAAAGAAGAAUCUGCUGAAGAACUCCAAGCUACUGAGCACCCUGAUGAAGUGGAGGAUCCCAAAAACAAAAAAGAUGCAAAAAGCAACUAUAAGAUGAUGUUUGUUAAAUCCAGUGGUUCAUAACUCCCAAACACUUAGUCUUUGUAUUAAAAGUAAGCCUUAUUGUUAUAAUGCACAGUGGAGGACUGCUUAUAGAGCACAGACCUUUGUAUUAUAAUUUUUAAAAAGGCCCUUUUAAAUAAUUACAAAGAGUGUUUGCUUUCAGAUGCCAUGGGUUACACUUUUAUGGGCAUGACUAUAACCAUUUUUGUAAACAGUAAGAGUUGUAUAAAAUAAGAAAUAAAUACAAUACUCAACUUCCUUUCAUGUUAGCAUCAUCAAACUUCUAAUACUACCUUUUUACCCCUUCAAAUACAGUUACGGGGGAAACAGUAUUUUUUGUGUGGUAGCUGUUUAUCUUUUUUUGUUCCUUCAUGUUUCUCUCUUAUAAAAGUUUAUCUGGUACUGUGAUGUGUUCAUAAAAAUAUUCUUUUAUUAUACUCUCUUAUAGUAGAACUAUUCACCAUGGAUAUUUCUGCUGCCAGUAACAAUCUAAAUUAAUGCUGGCAAAAGAUUAGGUACUUAGUUUACUCUUACUGAAUCAGCUCUACUCUUUUGGACCAAAGCAACAUGAGAGCAAAUACUUUUCACACCGGUUAGGAUGGAGUUGCAGUUGUCAUAUAUUUGGAAUGUUAUGAUCCCAAGCAUUCUUCACAUAAUUUGAAUGACACUGUACGUUAGAUUUUUGAUAAAAUUGGCCAGUUUUUACAGAAGAAAUUUUUUCUCUGAUCAUUUGGUCCUAUCAUCUAUUUAGGAAUAUGUAAAACUGGAUUUUUUUUUUUAAGGUAAUAUGUGACCAAAGUUAAUUUUCUUCCUAACACCUAAAUAAAGAGAAAGCAGUUUCUUAUAUGUGGUUGUGAUACCUUUAUCCUCAUUAUCUGAAAAUGAGGAAUAGGCUUAUUGAACAAGAAGCUGAAACAAGAUAUUCUCUUCAUUUUAUCCCAGUGUUGUUAUCCUGAUUAUCUAAUUACAAAAAGGAGUAUUGCUGUAUGAUUUUAUCGCCACUUCUGUUGGAGUAAGAUCUGACUGUUAUUAUGUGGUUAAUUUGUACAGCAGAGUAACACAAACUGCAUUAUGGGCUAGUCAAUGAUCUUUGAGUAAUUGGGUUCAAAAUCUUAAUGUUUAAGUGACAUGUUCAAAGGCUUUGAGUUAAACCUUUUUGUUUGCUGAACUGUUACACAUCUAGAUACUUAAGUAUGUGUUUAAUGUGUUGUUUUUUUUUUUAAUUCCUGUGUCAUUUUGAAGUUUAGAAUUUUCGAGGAAUGUAGCAAAUAGAACAAGCGAUUUCUGGAUUAUGCAA